AAUGGCAACUGGCUGGUCUCGUACCACAACGAGGAACACAAACUUUGCUCGGCUGUGUAGGCUGCUGAUUGACGGUGGGACACGUGUACUUAGAGAUGUGUUUGACUCAUUUCACCCACCAWGCUCCUUAMAAACRGCAUURCUUAGUACACCAGUCCAUKCUACUUUGAAARGAUUGAAGGCCAAAAGGGUGCUARAUAUAAGUCAGUGGAAUAAACUGURUYCUAWAGCUAKUACAUCRGUCAACUCRGUAAGUUUUGACAUUACYUUGCUGUUUUUACUUCUGCGCAAYAUUUGCGGUUUAACACCACCUGYGACUGGAUGGRACAAGCCACCCCUUGCUUCUGACAAAAGUAAAGAAGCUGACUUGAUUCGCAUCAAGUUUUACAGAAAUGAACUCUAUGGUCACAUCACUGAAACGGCUAUUCCUGACAGCAGAUUUAGGAAAUACUGGAGURAUAUAUCAGAUGUAUUGCUGAGAUUAGGAGGACCUCAGUAUAAAUUACAGAUCGAUAGGCUAGAAAAAACAUCAAUGGAUGCUGAGGAUGAAGACUAUUAUAGCGACUGUUUAAAGGAAUGGGAAGAAUAUGAACAAAGAUUGAAARAAAUGAUAAAGGAAACCAAUGAAAAAGUAGAUGCAGGAUUACAGGAGUUAUCAAACAAAAUAGAUAAAACACAACAUGAGAUUACCGAGAAAAUUUAUGAAACAAGUGAAAAAGUUGAUGCAGGAGUUCAGGAAUUAUCAAACAAAAUGGAUAUAACACAACAUGAGAUUACAGAGAAGUUUGAUGAAACCAAUAAAAAAGUAGAUGCAGGAGUACAGAAGUUAUCAACCAAAAUGGAUAAAACACAUGGGAUUAUUGAUGAACACCAACAGCAUGUGGAAGAAAUGAUGAAGCAAACAAUAGAACUGACAAAGAAGAUAGAUGAAAAGCAGGAAAAGGUGAAGGUGGGUGGUGAGGAAUUUGAAGUUCUCACUAGCCCUGAARUGGAAGCUUCAAAACUUAUUGAAGGUAUGGUAUCACACUUAUUAAACUGA